AUGGUUGUUAUGCGAGAAAUUGCAUUGGAGCCCAUGCGAGUUCCGGAGCAUGCAGAUCCGAGAGCGUCCCGUGAGAUGGGCCAGCCGGCAUUUUACGAGGGAUCGCUUCUUCCUGGGACGAAAGAGGUGUCCCAUGUAACGGAGUAUAAUACCCGAGACAUGGACAAGACGGGAGAGUUCCGAUCUUACAAGGACGCCCUCGCUAGUAGCUACUCGUCCGAGAAGCGGCAGUGGUUCUUUGGGCUUACCAAUCCGGGCCAUCGGUUUGUCAAUAUCAUGGAGUCCAUCCCCGACCCUCGGUCCGGCCAAGAGGGCAAACGGCGCUAG